GGGCAUGUCUCCAGGCGGCGCCAGACGCUGCGGCGUUUCGACGCAUUGGGCACAUUAGUAUGCAGUCGAAACUCUUAUGUGAUCGCAACCCACAAACACCUACGAGCACUACCUUCUCGCCGCGCCCAUGCGGUCACUGCCCGUCUGGCUGCACCUCAGAGGCGGGGAGGACAGCACAUGAUGCAAGAGUUUUUGCGGCACACAAUGCAGGAGAGCAAGCUGAGAACCUGUUCAACAGCAUUGGGUGUCUAUUCAACUCUGCCGCGCCCUGCAGCUUUGACAAGAGCGGCAAAACUCCAUCACAAAAUGAGAACCCAGAUGACAUGGUUGACCACAAGCGGGUGUUUGCCACCAUCAUUGCCCGGAAUGCCAAGGACAUCGAUGCCCUCAUUGAGUCCCUGCCCUCCGAGGACUCAUCUGCUGAGCUACAGACAGCAAGCAUGCGUGUCCUGGAGCAGGAAGGGGAGGAGGCAGCCCAAAUGUUGCAGCGUGGCAUUGACCGAGGGGACAAACUGCUGGAGGAGAUCAACAGAGCAUUGACCGAGAUCGCCAAUACCCAGCUGGCCAUCAACAGGAUCACCGAGGCCUCUCAGGGGGAUGCCAUUAAGAUCUAACACGAGCAGGCCGUAUAGUGCAUGACAGCACCUUCCAUGUGUGGUAGUUGGCAACAUAUCAAAUGCAAGCUAGGUCAGGGAUAUAACAGAAAGGACCGGCCUUGCAAGUUGUUGUGGCAGAUCUUGUUACAUGCUGUUCAGCCUAUAGUUUUGCCUUGGGUACCUCUAGCACCAUGUGUUAUGAAUGGUUACCUGAUUGUAUGGUGCUGUUGAAUCCACAUAGGAUGAGUGCCAAAAGAGCUUCCUGUUAAGGUUAGGGUGAGGAGCCAAGGGAAAGAUGAGACAAGUAAACAGGGCAACACCCUGAGGGAAUAGUAAAGCUACUCUCCUAUUGUUGGGUAAUCAGGUCAGCAGGUAUCUAUCUGUAUCUCCUCUGUCUGUCAUCCACCUGUUAAGAUACCUGUUAAGACACCUGUUCCUUUCAGUUUCCUCCAGGGCUGGGCUUGGCAGGAGUUUUUUUUUUUUUUUGUCUGUAGUACCCUGAAAAUGCUGUAAAGCUGAGUUGAUUGUAGGAUUUACAGUCAACCUCUCGGGAAGUUAUGAUACCAAGUAAUGUCACAAGUGUUAUUACAUUGUUUUUAAAUGCUUAUCAUGUGUUUUGAGGACCGAGUACCAGUUGUGUGUUUAUCCAUAAAAUAUUUACAGCUGCAUGUUUAAGGCUACUGACAUUCAACAUAGUGCAGUGUAAAACUAUUUAUUUUGUGAUAUGUGGUGAUUUCUUAAUUCCAAAUAUAGGUUGAAAAUUAUUAAUUUUCUCAAUAAAAUGUCGUUAGAC